AUGGCUACCUAUGAAAGUAUCUGGACUAACAAGCCCAACGAUAACGAUCCAAAUCUGCCAGAUGUGGGCCUUGGUGGUCAAAAUUGCCCAUCGACUGUGUUCAAUUGCGCUUUGAAUGCAAUGUUUGCCAUUGCUUGCGAGUUUUCUGAUAUGGAGCCUCGUGAAAAACGCAACUCUUCGAUGAUGUUCUAUGAACGGAUGAAGAGUUUGAUGAACAUCGAUAUCCUCGACAGUGGUAGCUUGGCUCAUGUCCAAGCGCUUUUGAUGGUCUCGAUAUAUUUGCAAUGCACACCCUAUCCCAAACGAUGCUGGAAUGUUAUUGGUAUGGCACAUAGGAUGGCAGUUGGUCUUGGUCUGCAGAACCGUCGUCAAUUCAAUGGUCUCUCUGCCCUCGAAAGGGAAAUGCGUUGGCGAGCAUGGUGCGCAUGUGUGCAAAUGGACAUCAUGACAACAGGUCGUCCGCCCAUGACAAAGGACUAUUCAAGAGUCCCAUUGCCCUCACCGACCGACGACAAAUAUUUAGCCCUUGGCAAGGACGGAUCCCAACAACCAGACGGAGUCAUAUCAAAGAAUCAGUUCCUGCAUCAGAACAUGAAAUUGAUUGGAAUUUUGUGGAGGGUUCUGUUGAAAAUCUAUCACAGUGGCGAUGAACCUCCAGAUGGACAAUUCCCGCUCUCAGUCGAAGGGGAUUUCAAAGCCAUGAUGGAAAUAGAUCGAUCCUUGGAAGAGUUCGAAGCUCAACUUCCCGUUGUCUUCAAAUGGGACUCUCCUCAUAAAUCCACUUUGGAUCGCACCUUUCGUCGUCAAUCAAAUGUUUUGCAUGCAAGGUAA